UCCUGGCACAGAUCUGCUCCAAAAAAAGAUCAGCCCAGCUGCCAGUGAACAGGCUGCCACUGGAGAGCAAAGUGAGCCAGAGCCACAGGGCUGCAGACAGAGCGGAGGAGCUGCGGCCCUCAGCAAGAUUUAAUUUGGUUUCUUGGUGUUUAUAGCCCUUUGUUUCAUGAAAUAACAUUGCAGAUAUGAGUGGCCAAGCUUUGGAAAGGAGGCUGUGAACACCUGCCUGCAGCAUCUGGGAUUUUCUGUCCACCAGUUCGAGUAAAAGAAUUCAGCAGCCAAGUUUCUGCAAAGCAGUCAUGGACAGUCGGGUUACUCACCGCCUGGGAAAACAUGGAAAUGCUCCAAAGGGUGCUGCCAAAGAAAGGCCUGAAAAUGACAUACCUGUGAAGCAGAAGCCCUCCAAGGAGCUGAGGCCCAUGCUUGGGGCCAUCUUGCUGGGCCUCAUGCUGUUCAUCGCCGCGGUGGUGCCCUGGUGCUACUACACGGUGUCCCUGCGGAAGGCGGAGCGGCUCAAGACGGAGCUGAUGGACCUGCGGGCAGACGGCUUCGUCAUCAGGAACCAGCACGGGGAGGUGGUGUUCCGGCUGGUCUUCCGCUCGGGCAGCCUGGACCUGGAGUCGUGCUCCAAGGAGGGUGAGAUCCUGAGCUGCACGCGGUCGAGCCGGGGGCCGCUCAACUUCUUCAUCCAGACGGUGAAGCCCAAGGACACGGUGAUGUGCUACCGUGUGCGCUGGGAGGAGCUGGCGGCCGGCCUGGCGGUGGAGCACACCAUGUUCUGGGAGGACGCCCACUGGUACGGGGGCUCGGAGAUGAGCACCCAGCACUGGCCCAUCCGCCUGGCCGGUUACCAGGAGCCCGUGCCCUACGUGACCAGCGACGUCUACUCCUUCCGCGACAGCUUUGGCGGCAUCCUGGAGCGCUACUGGCUCUCCUCCAAGGCGGCGGCCAUCAAGAUCAACGACUCCGUGCCCUUCCACCUGGGCUUCAACGCCACCGAGCGCGCCCUCUUCUUCCAGGCCCGCUACAAGGACUCGCCCUACAAGCCCCUGCCGGGGCAGCCGCCCUUCCCCGAGCUCAGCUACCGUGUCUGCGUGGGCUCCGACAUCACCUCCAUCCACAAGUACAUGGUGCGCAGGUACUUCAACAAGCCCUCCAAGAUCCCCGCUGAGAACGCCUUCCGAUACCCCAUCUGGUCCACCUGGGCACUCUACAAGAAAGAUAUAAACCAGGAUAAAAUUCUGCAGUUUGCAAAAAGCAUCAGGAAGUACCGUUUUAAUUGCAGCCACAUAGAGAUCGAUGACAUGUACACCCAAGCCUAUGGGGACUUUGAUUUUGACCCUGUCAAGUUCCCCAAUGUGACGGAGAUGUUUGCAAAACUGAGGGAAGAUGGGUUUAAGGUCACUCUGUGGAUCCAUCCCUUUAUACACACAGAUUCCUCCAAUUUUGGUGUGGGGAUUGAGCGUCAGCUGUUCAUCAAGGAGCCGUCAGGGCGGCUGCCAGCCAUGGUGGAGUGGUGGAAUGGCAUUGGGGCCAUCCUGGACUUCACCAACCCAGCAGCCCGGGACUGGUUCCAGAGCCACCUGCGCCAGCUCCGGCACAAGUACGGCAUCUCGUCCUUCAAGUUUGAUGCGGGCGAGACCAGCUACCUGCCCAAGCAGUUCAGCACAUUCCGGCCACUCUCGGACCCCAGCAUCUGGUCCCGGCGCUACACAGAGAUGGCCAUCCCCUUCUACGAGCUGGCCGAGGUGCGGGUGGGCUACCAGUCCCAGAACAUCUCCUGCUUCUUUCGCAUCAUCGACCGUGACUCCGUCUGGGGCUACGAGCUCGGCCUCAAGUCCCUCAUCCCCACGGUGCUCACUAUCAGCAUGCUGGGGUACCCAUUUGUGCUGCCAGAUAUGAUUGGAGGGAACUUCCUCCCCAACAAGACAGAGGGGGCAGUGGAGAUCCCCGACCGGGAGCUGUACGUGCGAUGGCUGGAGCUGUCGGCCUUCAUGCCCUCCAUGCAGUUCUCCAUCCCGCCCUGGCUCUACGACAGGGAGGUGGUGGAGAUCGCCCAGAAGUUCACGGAGCUCCACGAGUCGCUGGUGGCCCCGCUGCUGCUGGAGCUGGCCGGGGAGGUCACCGACACGGGCGACCCCAUCAUCCGUCCCAUCUGGUGGAUCUCGCCCCGCGACGAGGCCACUCACAGGAUCGACUCCCAGUUCCUCAUCGGGGACACCCUCAUGGUGGCACCUGUCCUGGAGAUGGGCAAGCAGGAGCGGGAUGUCUACCUGCCGGCGGGCAAGUGGCGCAGCUACAAGGGGGAGCUGUUUGAGAAGACCCCAGUGCUGCUCACUGACUAUCCCGUUGACCUGGACGAAGUUGCCUAUUUCCUCUGGGUGUCCUAACAUGUUUCUUCCCCC